AAGCUUUUCACACUUCUUGGACUACAGUCUCAACUCUGCAAGCAAGCAGGUGACCGCCCUCUGCGCUAAGAUCCUCCUCAUUUCAUUGACAUAGACGUGAUGCUCCACGCGUUGAACCUGCCCUCACGUGCUAUCGUUCCCUCCACGUGUAAACGCAUCGCACCCAAAGCCGGCUUUAGCUCUACACCUAACCUCGCUCCUUUGCCGUGGAUUCACGCAGAGUUUGAGGCCAGAUCACGAGGUUUCAUCUCGACCGUCCAGGUUCCCCGGGCUCAAUCAUGGCCGUGGGGCCCUCCGCCUUCGAAAACGCACGAUUCACAAUCCGCUAAAGAGGGAUCCGCUAUAGUCACGGAACCAUUUCCUGGAAGGAUUUUCUCAAAUUCCUCUGAAGUUAAUUCUUCGCAAGGGAAGCAGCAGCCCAGGGAAGCAGCAGCAGCAGCAGCAGAAGGUAUUCCAGUAGGAGGUUCCACGAGGAAUGCUGCUGAAAAUGCCACUUCUGGUCUGGCGGAAGGAAAUGCAGACAGACCAGGAGCCGCGGAUAGUCGUGUGGUAGUAGGCUCGGCAGGAACUGAAGCCCGAUCAGAAUCUGUCCAAUCAGGGUCUGUCCAAUCAGGGUCUGUCCAAUCAGGGUCUGUCCAAUCAGAAUCUGUCCAAUCGGGGUCUGUACAAUCGGGGUCUGCUGCAGCAGUGGGGAAUAAUGCGGUUGCCGAAGGUCGUAGAAGAAAGAGAAAGCAGGCGGCGUCUGAGAAGCAGACGAUUGAGAAGCAGGCGACUGCUGAUUCAGGAUCCGACUACGUGACCAGUGUCGAGUCUCCUAAUAACGGACGCAGAAUCUCGACAGCGUCAGACGUGAACCAGCGGCUGAUCUCGAGCGCUGCGUCGCAGCCGUUGGAUAAUUCUGAAUCCGCGUCUCAGCCGUUGGAUGUUUCUGAUCCUAGGGUUUGGCUCCCUCCGCCGCCAGACGUGCCCAGGCCUCGAGCGACGCACAAUGCAGCCAUGCUGGCGUAUAUCGGGGAUGGAAUCUAUGAGCUGUAUGCGAGGCGUCACUUCCUGAACCCGCCAUCCGCUAUUGCCACGUACUGCCAACGAGUCACAGCUGUUGUCUGCUGUGAGGCCCAGGAUGCCUUGUUGCGGCGACUUCUCAACUCAAAGACCCUCACAGAGGAAGAAAGGGAUGUGGUGCGGUGGGGGCGCAACGCCUCAACAGGUGCUCGCAAGGCCAAAGGGAGGGCCGGAUCCACUGUUUAUGCCAACGCUACUGCACUAGAAACAGUUAUUGGCUUUCUCUACCUGACCAACCCGUCCCGCUUGGAGCACCUAAUGAACGGACUAGGCUUUGUCUGUGAUGCUUCGGAUCUACGACUUCCGUCCCAUGGAAAGAGCUAGCGGCGUUGGGUCAUUAUUAUGGUCGUGCUCCCAUAAUCGAAAGUUUCCCGACGUCCUUAUUUUUACAAAUAAUUAUUUGUUAUUAAC